AUAAACUCCUGUCCUGGGAGUGAAUAGACGUCUACUCUAGAUUUCUCCUCUCAUCCCUCACUCCUCAUUCCAAAACCAUGGCAUCUCAGAUUGAUCAGAUUCUGUCCAAAUAUGUCUCGCCUACGAGAGAAGGCGGCUCGCUGUCCGGUAUUGCAUUCGUAGUUAAAGGAAAAGGAGGCAAGACGCUGUACUCGGGGUCGGCGGGGAAACUAAAUUUUCAACCUGAUUCGCCUCCAUACACCGUCGACUCGGUCUCAUGGGUUGCGUCAAUGACAAAGCUAAUCACAUCGGUGGCGGCACUACAAAUUGUUGACAAGGGACAUAUUGGUCUCGACGACGAUGUUGGAUCGGUCAUUCCAUACCUCAAGGGUCUCGAUAUCUUGGAAGGAUUCGAUGAGAAUGGACAGCCCAAGAUCUCCAAACAGACUAUUCCGGUCACCUUGCGUACCUUGCUGACACACUCGAGUGGCUUUGGAUAUGAUCUGUUCGAUCCAGACUUGGGAAAGUGGCGUGAGUCCAACAAGGUCGAGCCUAACUCACUAGCAUCGUGGAAAAUGCCCUUGAAGUUUGACCCUGGGAAAGGGUGGGUAUAUGGUGUUGGCAUUGAUUGGGCAGGGCAGAUCGUUGAGCAUUUCUCUGGUCUGUCGUUGGAAGAUUACUUUCAGAAGAACUUCUUCCAACCCCUCGGUCUCAAGUCGUCGACGUUUCGCAUUGGUGAGCACAAAGAAUUGGCACCUCAAAGAGCAGCAAUUGGGGGACGCGGAGACCCCGUAGCCGCUCUUGUUGAGACUCAAAGUAUGAUAUCAGACCAUCCGUCGGUCGACUCUGGAGGAGCUGGAUUACACACGACAGCAGCCGAUUACUCGACUUUUCUGGGAGCUCUUCUUGACAAGGACAGUAGAAUCUUGAAGGAAUCAACCUACGAUCUUUUGACACAGGCUCAACUAGCCGACUCCAAGCAUCUCGCAGAGACUCUCUAUGGAGGUUUUGGUCCUAUCAUGGCACCGGAAUUCCAGAUCCCCAAACCUUCGAUCAAUCACUCCUUGGUAGGCCUGGUGAACCUGGAUGAUGUGCCAGGCAAGAGAAAAGCCAACAGCGUCACAUGGAGCGGGGUGACCAACCCCCGAUGGGUAAGUCAAUGCAAACAUUCGUCACGGUUAAUUUUGACAUGAGUUUGGCAGUGGAUCGACCCGAAAGCAGGUGUCGCCGCCACCUUGUACACACAAAUCCUCCCUCCCGGAGACCUAGUUGUGAGUAGUCUGUUCGAUGAGCUUGAACGAGCGGUCUAUAAAGACUUGGUUUAGAUAAGGUAUAUCUGGCACAUCUGCUUCCAAGCCUGAAGGAUUCGAGUUUUUACAAGUUGUAUACAUGGAAAGCCGCGAAAGGCGAGGAAAGUCAAGCCAUUUUCUGGUUGUUUAUCAACACGGAGAAGUCUGGUGGAGCAUUAGACUCAUAUAGCAACACUAGUACGGAGCAUUCUCCCAUCAAUGAAGUCACGUGGAUAAUCACGAUAUAUC